AUAAAUGAACACCUUCUAGUUUUAUGUUGUGUCAACUUUAGCUCCAUCACCACAAUACUCGCCGCUGCACCCUUACUAUUCGAACUCAUUCACUCAAUGCGCAAUCUCACUUCCUCUUGUUCCAUAAGACCUUUCGCAUCUUCCCCAAUUCCUCGCUCCAAUCAUCUUCGUUCUCUUACCCUCAAUUCCAGAAAAUCACUACCUUCAAUCCAAUGCGCCGUUCAAUUCCGCCCCUGCAUCGACAUUCACAAGGGGAAAGUGAAACAAAUUGUUGGGUCAACGCUGAAAGAUUUAAAAGGUGAUGAUGGGUUGGAUCCGGUUACCAAUUUUGAGUCUGAUAAAUCAGCUGCUGAGUAUGCUAGGCUUUAUAAAGAAGAUGGACUGAAAGGGGGUCAUGUUAUUAUGCUUGGUGCUGAUCCUUUGAGUAGAGCUGCUUCCCUUGAGGCUUUGCAUGCUUAUCCUGGCGGUUUGCAAGUCGGAGGUGGAAUAAAUUCUGACAAUUGUUUGAGUUACAUUGAGGAAGGAGCAAGCCAUGUCAUUGUGACAUCUUAUGUAUUCAACAAUGGACAAAUGGAUCUUGAAAGACUUAAAGAUCUUGUUCGCAUUGUUGGAAAAGAGAGGCUUGUGUUGGAUCUCAGUUGCAGAAAAAAGGAAGGUAAAUAUGCAAUUGUCACCGAUAGAUGGCAGAAGUUCAGUGACGUAUCACUUGACGCUGAAGUAAUGCAGUUUCUUGCCAACUUUGCUGACGAGUUUCUAGUUCAUGGUGUUGAUGUUGAAGGAAAAAAGCUGGGAAUCGAUGAAGAGCUCGUGGCUUUGCUUGGCAACUAUUCACCGAUUCCUGUGACUUACGCCGGUGGUGUAACUGUCAUGGAUGAUUUAGAGAGGAUAAAAACAGCUGGAAUGGAAAAUGUCGAUGUUACCGUCGGAAGCGCCUUGGACAUUUUCGGGGGAAACUUAGCUUAUAAAGAUGUUGUAGCCUGGCAUAACCAACAAAACGUCGUUGUGGCUUAAGUAAGCAUCAUUGAGAAUUGUCAAGGGCAGGGGUGAGUGAGCUCUGAGCAAGGUUUGUUUCAUUGUUUCUCGUAUUACUAACCUUGAAUCUGGUGAUUUUUCCAGCAAUCUGUGAUUCUUGUCACGAGAUUCUUACAUUUUCAUCAUCUGCUAGUCUGCUACCACACUUACAUCUUUGUGAUGUAUGUGUAAGGCAAUGCAUGCAGAUUCUUUAACGCUUGUCAACUGUAUUCUGAAUAAUGUAAUCACAUUUAUUUAUAUAGAUAAAUACGGCGUAGCUGUUAUUUUAUUUUAUUAUUUACAUGCCGAAAUAUAUAGGGAUCUUAUCCUAUGUAUGUUUUGUUGACAUACAAGUUUUCCUAGCUGAAGAAGCUCUAUUCGAGAAGCAUAUCCAAUCUACUGUUUAUGUUAUAUGUGAAUGUUUCUUUUCCAGCCUUAUAAGAUUCAUGACAAAUCUUUGUUUCAUGGUGCUGCCUCAAUUUACAGUAACUGUUCUAAUGUUGGUCCUUCUCAGUUUGAAGUUUGAACAAGGAAGAACAUUGUAACAUUAGUUGCGGUGGUUUUCACCAUGCUUGUCAAUUGUUUUUCACCAUGCUUGUCAAUUGUUCAACUCUUACCAUAGGUUUGAUCUAAAUUGUCUCUUGACCUCUGUCAGAACCUAAUUUUAUUAGCUACCUGCAUCAUGAUGUUAAUGAUGUCAUGGAUCUCCUUCAACCAAUAAUCAAGCUCUACAUCUUCAUGGUCAAAGUGUUAGUCAUGAACCUUUUUGCAUUUUUGGCUACACACUAGUUCCUCUAAAAUCUUUUGAUCCACUGUCUUGGUUCCUGAUUUGGGAGCAUCAGAUCAUGUGACAAUUUAUCCUUGGAACUUCCUAUAUAAAGUACAACCUAAACGCGCCGUAUCAUAGGCUACAGGGUUAAUAGCCAUUUAUCCCCCUGCCAUAUAGGCGAGAUUUGAUUUAUCCCCCUUUAAAAUUUUUUUUUGGAUUACCCCCUAUAAUUUUAAAAUUCUAAGUCUUUUGUCCCCUAAGAGGAAAAAUUACCCCUUGUAAAUAUAUUUUUUGAUUUAUCCCUCUGGUUUUUACACGCUUAGGGGGUGUCCAAAAAUUAUAGGGGGUAAUUCAAUUUUUUUUUUAA